AUGACUGGGAGGUGUAUUGUGUUGGCAUAUCAAGAUAUGUUUAUGCGGUAUACACAGUUGGGUGUGGGACACCCAGCAAUGUUGCACAUGAUAGCUAGAGACUCUCUCGGAAAUGAAUCACCAUCCAGCAUCAUGGACACUGUAGACAACAGUAACAGUGUCAUGCUCCAGGGGGAUGUUGGCUAUGGAGAGGAUAGUGAUGGUGAGGGCUAUGAAGGAUAUGAUGAUGAGAAGGAAGCGAGUGAUGAAGAGUUUAGCGAUGAGGAACUGGAAGAGGAAUGGGAAGACAAGGGAAGUGAAAUUGAAGAUGGCUGUGAAGAGGAUGGGCAUGAGAUCGAGGAUGAGUUCAAUGACUUGCCAUCUUUUUAA